AUGAGCAUCAAGGCCAAUUCUCACACCAGAAUCAGGGCAUGCGGAGCCUGUAAAUUCUUGCGGAAGAAAUGCCUCGAGGACUGCAUAUUCGCACCUUACUUUAAUUCCGGUGAAGGAACCGUCAAUUUUGCGGCUGUUCAUAAGAUUUUCGGAGCGAGCAACGUUACAAAUAUUUUAACCAAUGUCCCAAUCCACAAACGACCCGACACCGUUUUUACUUUAAACUACGAGGCUCAUGCUCGUCUCCGAGAUCCUAUUUAUGGUUGCAUGUCUGAGAUCCGUGAUCUCCAAAAUCAGGUGAUCAAUCUACAAUCGGAGAUUUCGUGCUUUCAAGUCCAUGUAGCCAGGCAGCCGCCACCUCAGCAACAACCGCCAUUUUCUCUGUCCAUGUCGGACUUCCCUUUUGCUGACGCUGGCACCUAUGACAUGUCAGUACCUCUCUAUGAGUUUGAUCCAAAUAAUGGAUCAUCUCAUCAGCAGGCCAAUUCAUGGGCAGCAAAUCUGCAGCAAUUCAAUGAUAACACUUUCGCCGGAGCUCCGGUGGGCGGCGUUGGAGAAGAAUUUGCCAGGGAAUUAUUGCUGAGGUUCCUCCACAAUUUAAGAGAUGGUAUUAAGUAUGGGUUCAGGGUGAAGACAAUUACAAGGGUUAUGGAAGAGUUUUUGGUAAGUUGGGUUGGUGAAGGUAGUGGAAUGAGAAAAUGA